CUACGCAGCGCAGCAAACGUCGAGCAUACGGUGGUGUGAAAACACCCAUUGAUGCAACGACCGAGCUAAACGUGUCUACGUGUCGUCAUUGUUGGGAGUUUCUUGGUUUCGACUCACGGUAUAAAGCUCACAGCUAGGAGUCAGUGUGAUCAUUGCCGUUUUCAGGAAUCGCAACAAAUUGUUCGUGUUUGAUCAUGAAUGUGUGGUAUCACUUCGCUCUCGGCUUUCUCCUGGUAUCUGGUCUAGGCUUCGUUGAAAACGUAUCGGCGGGAAACUACGCGCAGUGCUUUAAUGUAGUAUCGAGAACAACACAAAAGGUUACGUCUGAUUUACGGUUUGUGACUAAGACUUUUUAUGAAAAGGGAACGCCUUUGGGCGAACCAUUUGCUAUCUCUGAUUCAAUGCAAGUUCUCGAUUCUACCGAAUUGCACGGCAAAUAUGGGAAAGAAGGCUAUGCCGUAAACACCGUUUGUGAGUACCAUUUCAUUGUCGAGUCUGUUGGCGUUUUAAAAUUUCGCACAAUUCAUCUCGAUCAACCAAUAUCGACCAAUUUUGAAUCAUCCGAUGAAUGCAAGCGAGCAGCUCAUCCCGAGCGAAGAGACCGCGACUACAUUGAACUUAACGUUGAGUUUGCUAAUGGGCAAUCGAACGUUUUCUGUGGGCGACCAAAUCGACACAUAUAUCGUGUAAUAGAAAGCAAGGAUUUGCCUGAAGUAAACGGUCAACGAGAACUAGUCAUCACUUUUUGGUCAGAUGGCUCACAAACAGAAAAUGGUUUCUAUGGCUACUAUUAUAACAAGAAGCAAUCUUAAAAUUAAUUAA